UUUUCACACACACACACACACACUGAGCUGCAGCUUCAGACUCAACACCAGGCACUUUCUACCCUCCAUACACCUGAGGGAAAAUGGCCACCCUGUAUCUCCUCCUCCUGCUGCUGGUUCCUCUGGUGUCGGCACAGACUUAUCGCUGGGGUCCGUGUCCCACUCCCAAAGUACAGCCCAACUUUAACCUGCCACAGUAUUUGGGUCGCUGGUAUGAGAUUGAGAAGCUUCCGGCCUCCUUUGAAAGAGGAAAGUGUAUCGAAGCAAACUACGCCCUGAGGGAGGACGGAACCAUCCAGGUCCUGAACCGCGAGUUCUAUAAGGGCAAAAUGAGACCGAUCGAGGGGACAGCGAUUGUCCCCGACAUCAGAGAACCUGCCCAACUUGGAGUCAGCUUCUCAUUUUUUUCUCCCUACGGGACGUACUGGAUCCUGACCACGGACUACACCAGCGUGUCCGUGGUCUACUCCUGCACCGACAUCCUGCGUAUAUUCCACGUUGAGUUUGCCUGGGUCCUCAGCCGCUCGCGUUUCCUGCCUCAACAGACUCUGACACACGCCAAAAACAUCCUCAUCAAAGAGGGCAUCGACCUCUCAAGGAUGAAGGCCACGGAUCAGAUGGGCUGCAAAGACGACUAGACACCGAAACUGUGCUCACAUGAGUUUUUACUUUUAUUAUUAUUAUAAUUAUUAUUAUUAUUAUUUUUAUUAUUGCAUUUUAGGGGAAAACAAUCAGUAAAAUUGGUGUUAUGGGAACAAAAAAUUAUAAUAUUGUAUUAUAUCCUAACUUUUGUAUCCGUAUAUCCUCUGUAUGUCUGCCAGUCAUAUUACUGUCAGAAUAUUAUUUCCAUAAAGAGAAAAAAAAAAUUAAGAUUAAUUUUCAUUUUUGAAUGUAUAAUCAGCUGCCUGAUGCUUUUAAUAUGACUUUUUUUUAGUUCUCAGUUUAUUAAAGAUGUUUUUAUUCAGCA